AUGACUUCUAAAACAAACCAGGACCCAAAAGCCUUUGAACCUCACACAGCAGAGUCUUAUUGGUAUGUUCUGGUCUUAACAGUGGCUAUCAAGAAAAGGUCCAGAGUUCCCGGGGUAAUGAUCACUCAGUAUGUUGAGGAAAUGCCUGCAGGAAAGACAACACCUGACUUCACUCGGAAACCAAUGUCUGUGACUGCUCAAGAGGGUAAAAAAGGAUUUUUCAAAGCUAUGGUUAGUGGAGAGCCCGCACCAACUGUAACAUGGGGGCGUAAUAAGGGCGAGGUUGAUGACCCACAAAUAUACAAGUCCAGAUACGAUGAAAGAGCUCAAGAGCACAUCCUUGAGAUACUCAAGAUAAAACCAGAUCAAGCUGACACCUACAAAUGCAUCGCCACCAAUGAGUAUGGAAUGGCUGUCUGCACUGCAGCUCUUAAGGUUAUUGAAGUUGGCUUGAAGAAGAAAGCCCAGGCAGCAAAUGCAAAUGAAGCACCACAAGAUUUCAGAAGAAUGCUUAAGAAAACUGUUGUUGUCCCCAGAAAAAAAAAACUGCCACCAAAAACAGAAGGAGAAAUUGAUCCUAAGCUCUUGGAACUGCUUAUCAAUGCACCAAAGAAGGACUAUGAAAAAAUCUGUGCAGACUUUGGUGUUUUUGACUUUCGCUGGUUGCUGAAGAGACUCAACCAGUUGAAAAAGGAAAGGGCAGAUGAGCAGGCAAAGGUUGUAGAGCAACUGGAAAAUGUGAAACAAAUAGAAGUAAAACCCAAUGGGAGAGCUGAAUUUAGCCUCGACAUGAAACUACAGGAUCCCAACAGUGCCAUUAACCUAUACAAGGAUGGGGAAUCUGUUCCUUAUGGUGAUGAUGAAAAUUCAAAGCAUAGCCUUAAGAAAACCGGGACAAAGUAUGUUUUCAGCAUCAAAGAUCCUCAGCCAGAAGAUGCUGGAUUUUACCAGCUUGAUGUUGAAGACGCAAAUGUCCUCGCAACUGACUUCCAAGUGCCUGAUGUGGAUUUCAUAGCCAAGAUUAAGGACGUGAAGGCCUUUGAAAGUGAGGACGCCAUCUUUCAGUGCGUCUUAUCAACACCUCUCAACAGAAUUACCUGGUCAAAAGAGGAUUCUUCACUUGAACAUGGGGACAAAUAUGAGAUCACUGUCUCAGAGGACAAGCUAAUUCACACAUUGAGAGUUAAAGACUGUAAAAUAGCAGAUGAUGGGGCAUAUUAUGCCAUUGCUGGAAUAACAACCAGCAGUGCCUCUCUCAAAGUGGAAGAUUGUGGUGUUCAGUUUGUCAGUGGGCUCUCAGAUACUGUUGCUAAUGUUGGUGAACGGGCAGAGCUGUCUUGCAAACUAAGCAGUGAGACCUCUGAUGGACGUUGGUAUAAAGAUGGGAAGCUGCUAACCAAUGAGGAUGGUGUAACAAUUAUCAAAGAUGGAGCCUGUCACAGGUUGAUAAUUGAUUGCUGUAAAAAAGAUGAUGCAGCUGUGUACCGCUUUGAAGCUGAAGGCCGUAAAUCAGAAGCAACACUUCAUAUUCAAGAUCCACCAAAAAUUGACGCUGAUGCACUAGGAAAAUUCACAAAGCCAAUCAUUAUAAAGGCAGGUGAAAAUGCCGAAUGGAAGCUGCCAUUCUCCGGUGGGGCACCGAUGAAUAUACAGUGGUACAAGGAUGAUGACGAGCUUUUGCCCGCUCUCAAUGUGAAGAUUGAAACAUCAGCUACUGAAAGCAAACUACGCCUUGUUAAGUGUCAAAGGAAAGACGGUGGAGAGGUCAAAAUAAAGAUAAAAAAUGAAUUUGGUACAACUGAGGCAAUUUCCAAACUUAUUGUAUUGGGUUAUCCUGGAUCCCCAACAGCACCAAAAGUGGUCAGUGCCUUUAAAGACUGCAUCAAUCUGACAUGGUGUCCUCCAUGUGACACUGGAGGAACCAAAAUAGUGGGAUACAAUUUAGAAAAGAACAAGAAAGGCACAAAUUACUGGAGCCUUGUAAACCAAGGAGGGCCUAUUACAGAUACAAAGUUUGCAGUGGAAGAUGUUAUUGAAGGGGCAGCAUAUGAAUUUAGGGUGUCUGCUAUCAACCUAUCUGGUGCUGGACAUCCUAGUCUUCCAUGUGACACAGUAAUCGCAAGAGAUCCCAUGAAACCCCCAGGCAAAGUCACAGACCUAAAGUUAACAUCCUCCAAUUACACCACAUUUUCACUGGCUUGGACAAAACCUAAAGAAAUUAAAGGAGUAGAGGAUGAAGCCCAAGGCUACUACGUAGAGAUCAGACCAAUAGAAAACCUUGAAUGGACCCGUUGUAAUGCCAUCCCAAUUCCUCUAACAUCCUACAACGUGCACGGCUUAAAGGCAAUGGCCACCUACUGGGUGAGAGUAAUUGCCACUAAUUAUGGAGGUGAUGGAGAACCUCAAGGCUUUGACAAUUACAUCAUUGCCAUGCCUCCUCCUGUAAAGCCAAACUUUAAAGACCGCAAAAUGAAGACCUUUGUGGUGGUUAGAUCUGGUAACACAGUCCGUCUGAACAUCAACUUUGAGGCCUCCCCAGUGCCACAAAUCUCUUGGCUAAAAGAUGGUAUUCCAGUGGCCAAACACGUAACUAUUACCAACUCUGAUAAAGGCUCUCAACUGUUAAUCCCGACAUCUGAGCGGUCCGACAGUGGCAUCUACACCAUUAUGGUCAAGAACAUUGUUGGCCAGGCCAGCAUCAAUGUUGAAAUCAGAGUUACAGAUGAUCCCAAGCCUCCAGGUCCAGUGGAGCUGGAACAGAACACCCCAGGAACAGUGACUCUGUCCUGGACUCCCUCUCCAGAUGAGAAGAGGGAUGACAGACUACACUACAUGGUAUCCAAGCGGGACUCUUUCAAACAUACUUGGAGGACAGUGGCAGACAACCUCUUCAACAAUAAGUUCACCAUUAUCAAUAUUUUGCCCGGACGGGAGUAUAACUUUAGGGUAUUUGCUAAAAAUGACAUUGGUCCUUCACCACCUUCUGAAUCGCCUAUGUUUGGAACCAAAAAGGAAAAAGGAAAGUUCAAAGUAAACAUGCCAGAGACAAAAUCCUUUGAUUUUCAGUCACCUCCAUCAUUUAUCGUUCCCCUGAAGAGGCGCACAGCUCCACAAGGUUACGAGUGCUACAUAAGCUGCGCAGUAAAGGGUGAUCCAGCUCCACGUGUGACAUGGUACCACAACAACAUCAGCCUGAACACAAACACCAACUACCACAUCACCAAUGUAUGUGGAGUCUGCUCCUUGCUCAUACUAAGAGUGGGACCCACAUAUGAUGGGGAAUACAAAGUCGUCAUUGAGAAUAAACUUGGGACAUCCGAAUCCUCAAUGACACUGAAUGUCAGAGAGUGA